CGCAGGCGGCCGGAGGACAGCCUGGGCCCCAGAAGCAGGAUGAGAAGAUGGCAGACGUCCUGGUACCUCGGGGCCCCAGCAGCUUCCACAGGUUCACCCGGGAGUCCCUGGCGGCCAUCGAGAAGCGCAUGGCGGAGAAGCAAGCCCGGGGCUCGGCCACCCUGCAGGAGAGCCGGGACGGGCUGCCCGAGGAGGAGGCUCUCCAACCCCAGCUGGACCUGCAGGCCUCGAAAAAGCUGCCGGACCUGUACGGCAACCCGCCCCGAGAGCUCCUCGGGGAGCCCCUGGAGGACUUGGACCCCUUCUAUAGCACCCAAAAGACCUUCAUUGUGCUGAAUAAAGGCAAGACCAUCUUCCGGUUCAGUGCCACCAACGCCUUGUACGUCCUCAGCCCCUUCCACCCCAUCCGGAGAGCGGCCGUGAAGAUCCUGGUUCAUUCGCUCUUCAGCAUGCUCAUCAUGUGCACCAUCCUGACCAACUGCGUGUUCAUGGCCCAGCACGACCCUCCGCCCUGGACCAAGUAUGUCGAGUACACCUUCACUGCCAUUUACACCUUUGAGUCCCUGGUCAAGAUACUGGCCCGGGGCUUCUGCCUGCAUGCGUUCACCUUCCUUCGGGACCCGUGGAACUGGCUGGACUUCAGCGUGAUUAUCAUGGCGUAUGUAUCAGAAAAUAUAAAGCUAGGCAAUUUGUCGGCUCUUCGAACUUUCAGAGUCCUGAGAGCUCUAAAAACUAUUUCGGUUAUCCCAGGCCUGAAGACCAUUGUGGGGGCGCUGAUCCAGUCGGUGAAGAAGCUGGCCGAUGUGAUGGUCCUCACCGUCUUCUGCCUCAGCGUCUUCGCCCUCAUCGGCCUGCAGCUCUUCAUGGGCAACCUGCGGCACAAGUGCGUGCGCAACUUUACGGAGCUCAACGACACCAACGGCUCCGUGGAGGCCGGUGGCCAGGUCUGGGACUCGCUGGACCUCUACCUCAACGAUCCAGAAAAUUACAUGCUCAAGAACGGCACCAGCGACGUGUUACUGUGUGGGAACACUCAGCCAGGCCUCACUGCUGGCCUGCGUGUUGGCACUGUGCUCACCCCCAUGGGGUGGCAGGCGGAGGAAGAAACGACGUGUCCCGAGGGCUACCGGUGCCUGAAGGCAGGCGAGAACCCCGACCACGGCUACACCAGCUUCGACUCCUUCGCCUGGGCCUUCCUGGCCACUCUGAAAUGCCAUGACCAUGACCCAGAAGGGUGCCCAGGGAGGAUGACCUCUGCCCCCCUGCUCCCCCAGACCCUGAGGUCCGCAGGGAAGAUCUACAUGAUCUUCUUCAUGCUUGUCAUCUUCCUGGGCUCCUUCUACCUGGUGAACCUGAUCCUGGCUGUGGUCGCCAUGGCCUACGAGGAGCAAAACCAAGCCACCAUCGCUGAGACGGAGGAGAAGGAAAAACGAUUCCAGGAGGCCAUGGAGAUGCUCAAGAAAGAGCAGGAGGCCCUCACCAUCAGGGGUGUGGACAGCGUGUCCCGCAGCUCCUUGGAGAUGUCUCCUUUGCCCCCAGUCACCGCCCAUGAGAAAAGGAGCAAGAGGAGAAAACAAUUGUCUUCGGAGACGGAGGAGUGUGGGGAUGACAGGCUUCCUAAGUCGGACUCGGACGAUGGCCCCAGAGCAAUGAACCACCUCGGCAACACCCAGGGCUUCAACAGGACCUCCGUGAAGUCACACUUCAGGCGAGGGAGCAUUUUCACCUUUCGCCGGCGAGAUACGGGGUCGGAGACAGAUUUUGCCGAUGAUGAAAACAGCACGGCGGGAGACAGCGAGAGCCACCGCACGUCACUGCUGGUGCCCUGGUCCCUGCGCCGGCCUAGUGCCCAGCCACAGCCCAGUCCCGGGACCUCAGCUCCCGGCCACGCCCUCAAUGGCAAAAGGAACAGCACCAUCGAUUGCAAUGGGGUGGUCUCCUUGCUGGGGGCAGGCGACCCUGAGGCCACCUCCCCAGGGAGCCGCCUCCUCCGCCCCAUGAUGCUGGAGCGCCCCCCAGACACGACCACUCCAUCGGAGGAGCCAGGCAGACCCCAGAUGCUGACCCCUCCGGCUCGGUGCAUGGAUGGCUUCGAGGGGCCAGGAGAGCGGCAGCGGGCCCUCAGCGCAGUCAGUGUCCUCACCAGCGCCCUGGAAGAGCUGGAGGAGUCUCACCGCAAGUGCCCGCCGUGCUGGAACCACUUCGCCGAGCGCUACCUGAUCUGGGAUUGCUGCCCCCUGUGGAUGUCCAUCAAGCAGAAAGUGAAGUUCAUGGUCAUGGACCCCUUUGCUGACCUCACCAUCACCAUGUGCAUCGUGCUGAACACGCUCUUCAUGGCCCUGGAGCACUACAACAUGACGACGGAAUUCGAGGAGAUGCUGCAGGUCGGAAACCUGGUCUUCACCGGGAUCUUCACCGCAGAGAUGACCUUCAAGAUCAUCGCUCUCGACCCCUACUACUACUUCCAGCAGGGCUGGAACAUCUUCGACAGCAUCAUCGUCAUCCUCAGCCUCAUGGAGCUAGGCCUGUCCCGCAUGGGCAACCUGUCGGUGCUGCGCUCCUUCCGCCUGCUGCGGGUCUUCAAGCUGGCCAAAUCAUGGCCCACGCUGAACACACUCAUCAAGAUCAUCGGGAACUCGGUGGGCGCCCUGGGGAACCUGACGCUGGUGCUGGCCAUCAUCGUGUUCAUCUUCGCCGUGGUGGGCAUGCAGCUCUUCGGCAAAAACUACUCAGAGCUGAGGCACCGCAUCAGCGACCCAGGCCUGCUGCCCCGCUGGCAUAUGAUGGACUUUUUCCAUGCCUUUCUCAUCAUCUUCCGCAUCCUCUGCGGCGAGUGGAUCGAGACCAUGUGGGACUGCAUGGAGGUGUCCGGGCAGUCACUGUGCCUGCUGGUCUUCUUGCUUGUGAUGGUCAUUGGCAACCUUGUGGUCCUGAACCUCUUCCUGGCCCUGCUGCUCAGCUCCUUCAGCGCCGACAACCUCACGGCCCCGGACGAGGACGGGGAGAUGAACAACCUGCAGCUGGCCCUGGCCCGGAUCCAGCGCGGCCUGCAGACAGAGAAGGCACCUCCGGCCCGCAAGGAGACCCGGUUCGAGGAAGGCCAGCGGCCAGGCCAGGGCCCCCCGGGGGAUCCGGAGCCCGUGUGCGUGCCCAUUGCCGUGGCUGAGUCAGACACGGAUGACCAAGAGGAGGACGAGGAGAAUAGUCUGGGCUCCGAGGAGGAAUCCAGCAAGCAGGUGAGCCCCGACCCCCUGUCCAGCGGCCCAGAGGCCCUUCCGGAGCCCAGGGCCUGGAGCCAGGUGUCAGAGACCGCCUCCUCCGAGGCCAGUGCGGCCCAGGCGGACUGGCGGCAGCAGCGCAGAGAGGAGCCCCGGGCCCCAGGGUGCAGUGAGACCCACGAGGACAGCUACUCCGAGGGGAGCACAGCAGACAUGACCGUCACCGCGGACCUCCUGGAGCAGACCCCUGACCUCGGCGAGGACGUCAAGGACCCGGAGGACUGCUUCACCGAAGGCUGUGUCCGGCGCUGUCCCUGCUGCACUGUGGACACCACGCAGGCCCCAGGGAAGGUCUGGUGGCGACUGCGCAAGACCUGCUACCACAUCGUGGAGCACAGCUGGUUCGAGACCUUCAUCAUCUUCAUGAUCCUGCUCAGCAGCGGAGCUCUGGCCUUCGAGGACAUCUACCUGGAGGAGCGGAAGACCAUCAAGGUUCUGCUGGAAUACGCCGACAAGAUGUUCACCUACGUCUUCGUGCUGGAGAUGCUGCUCAAGUGGGUGGCCUACGGCUUCAAGAAGUACUUCACCAACGCCUGGUGCUGGCUCGACUUCCUCAUCGUGAACGUCUCGCUGAUCAGCCUGGUGGCCAACACCCUGGGCUUCUCUGAGAUGGGCCCCAUCAAGUCACUGCGGACAUUGCGGGCGCUCCGGCCCCUGCGAGCCCUGUCCCGGUUCGAGGGCAUGAGGGUGGUGGUCAAUGCCCUGGUGGGCGCCAUCCCGUCCAUCAUGAACGUGCUCCUCGUCUGCCUCAUCUUCUGGCUCAUCUUCAGCAUCAUGGGCGUGAACCUCUUCGCGGGGAAGUUCGGGAGGUGCAUCAACCAGACGGAGGGGGACAUGCCUUUAAACUACACCCUCGUGAACAACAAGAGUGACUGUGAGUCGUUCAACAUGACCGGCGAGUUGUACUGGACCAAGGUGAAAGUCAACUUCGACAACGUCGGGGCCGGGUACCUGGCCCUGCUGCAGGUGGCAACAUUUAAAGGCUGGAUGGACAUUAUGUAUGCGGCUGUGGACUCCAGGGGGUAUGAAGAGCAGCCCCAGUGGGAAUACAACCUCUACAUGUACAUCUACUUUGUCGUGUUCAUCAUCUUCGGGUCCUUCUUCACCCUGAACCUCUUCAUCGGCGUCAUCAUCGACAACUUCAACCAACAGAAGAAAAAGUUAGGGGGCCAGGACAUCUUCAUGACAGAGGAGCAGAAGAAGUACUACAACGCCAUGAAGAAGCUGGGCUCCAAGAAGCCCCAGAAGCCCAUCCCCCGGCCUCUGAACAAGUACCAGGGCUUCGUAUUCGACAUUGUGACCAAGCAGGCCUUUGACGUCACCAUCAUGUUUCUCAUCUGCUUGAACAUGGUGACCAUGAUGGUGGAGACAGAUGACCAGAGCUUGGAGAAGAUCAACAUCUUGGGCAAGAUCAACCUGCUCUUCGUAGUCAUCUUCACGGGCGAGUGUAUCAUCAAGAUGGGUGCCCUGCGGCACUAUUACUUCACCAACAGCUGGAACAUCUUCGACUUCGUGGUUGUCAUCCUCUCCAUUGUGGGCACUGUGCUCUCGGACAUCAUCCAGAAGUACUUCUUCUCCCCAACACUCUUCCGAGUCAUCCGCCUGGCCCGAAUCGGCCGCAUCCUCAGGCUGAUCCGCGGGGCCAAGGGCAUCCGCACGCUGCUCUUUGCCCUCAUGAUGUCCCUGCCUGCCCUCUUCAACAUCGGGCUGCUGCUCUUCCUCGUCAUGUUCAUCUACUCCAUCUUCGGCAUGGCCAACUUCGCUUAUGUCAAGUGGGAAGCUGGCAUCGACGACAUGUUCAACUUCCAGACUUUCGCCAACAGCAUGCUGUGCCUCUUCCAGAUCACCACGUCGGCUGGCUGGGAUGGUCUCCUCAACCCCAUCCUCAACACGGGGCCCCCCUACUGCGACCCCAAUCUGCCCAACAGCAAUGGCUCCCGGGGGCACUGUGGGAGCCCAGCCGUGGGCAUCCUUUGGGAAAAGUUCGACCCGGAGGCCACCCAGUUCAUUGAGUACACGGCCCUGUCCGACUUUGCCGACGCCCUGUCUGAGCCGCUGCGUAUCGCCAAGCCCAACCAGAUCAGCCUGAUCAAUAUGGACCUGCCCAUGGUGAGUGGGGACCGUAUCCACUGCAUGGACAUCCUCUUUGCCUUCACUAAGAGGGUCCUGGGGGAGUCCGGGGAGAUGGACGCCCUGAAGAUCCAGAUGGAGGAGAAGUUUAUGGCGGCCAACCCAUCCAAGAUCUCCUACGAGCCCAUCACCACCACGCUCCGGCGCAAGCACGAGGAGGUGUCGGCCACCGUCAUCCAGCGGGCCUUCCGGAGGCACCUGCUGCAGCGCUCCAUGAAGCACGCCUCCUUCCUCUUCCGCCAGCAGGCCGGCAGCAGCGGCCUCUCCGAGGAGGAUGCCCCUGAGCAAGAGGGCCUCAUCGCCUGCAAGAUGAAUGAGAACUUCUCCCAGCGCCUUGGCCCGCCCUCCAGCUCCUCCAUCUCUUCCACAUCCUUCCCCCCUUCCUAUGACAGUGUCACCAGGGCCACCAGUGACAACCUCCAGGUGCGGGUGUCUGACAGCCGCAGUGAAGAUCUCGCGGACUUCCCCGCAUCCUCAGACAGGGACCGAGAGUCUAUGGUGUGAGCCUCGCCCAGGCUGGCCAAGACACCCGAAAGGCAGCCUGUUGCCUCGAGGCAAACCCAUGUGCAGCCAGAAGCCAGCACCUGCGGGGCCUUCCUUGCUUGGGGCUUCAGGAGUGAGCAGCCCCGUGGGUCGACAAGGCAGAGUUCUAUGGCACCCGCGUUGAUGGCCGGGAGCAGUUGGCCAUGCCCACCACUUGGGGCGGCCUGUCCCUGGAGACCUCCACUCAUACCAGUGGCCUGGUCCGGUCAGGCAACACCCUGGGGCUCUGGAAAGCAACCCCACCCCAGCUGCUGUGGCAAAAUAGAAAACGAAGACUGUAUAUGUUGUGAAUGGCUUUCAUAAAUUUAUUAUAUUUGAUAUUUUUUUACUUGAGCAAAGAACUAACGUUUUUUUCCCGUGGACCUGGGCAGCAACGCACACUGCUCAUCCAAACUCUGAGCGGGUGUGAACGGUUCCCAAAGGCUGCUGGGACUCUGUUCUCAAAGCAGAAGUGGGAUCGGUGUGGCUCCCACAGGCCUUCACUGCAGCAAGGGGGUCCCCUGCCACUCGGGCUGCAGACCAGGAGGGCUGAACCCCUCUUCUCACACACAUGUGCACACACAGGCCACACACCAGCUGCUCUCAGACGAGUGCCAGGGAGCCACCCCUGGCCCAGCCCCAAGGAGGCAGACCUUUCCUCCCAGCCCCACGUGGCGUCUUGUCAGCGGGGAGGGACUCCCUCCGGCCUUCCGUCGUCCCCAAGGUCCUGCUUUCCCCUGUGUUUUUAGGCAGGACCUAGUAGGACACACUGAGAAGCAGCCUCGCAGGGUCGGUUCUACAAAAGCAGAAGGCUUCCGGAAGAGAGGUCCCAGGGCUGGUCCUGGGGGCUGAAGCUUGGCCUCUGUACGAGUAUUAACAUAAAACUGACGGGCCUGAGGGAGCCCGCCCACCCGCAGCCUGGCAGCCAGCUCUUCUUGCUCCCGAGCCUGGCAGACCCUGCCCACAGACCCAGUACAGAAGGCUGAGCACCGUGAGGUUGGGGCUAAGAAGCUCAACAGCCCUUGGCCCGUGUGAAGAGGGGAACCUGUUAUCAUGGCCAGAGUUCUCUUUCCGGACUUUCUGCCUCUAACCAUGGGGGCGAGGUGAUUCCUGUGUGGUCCCAGCUCCUCUCCAAACGCAGCCGCAUGGGCGUGGGGAGGGCAGCCUGGGUCCUAGGCAGGGGUGAGCAGGCCUGUCCCCGUGCCCUGGGUGGGGAAUGAACCCUGGGACCCCUUGGGAAGGGAGCAGUGUGGCCUUGGCCCAGCCCCUCCGGCUCAGCUUGGGGUCCUAGUGGCACUUGCACACAGGACCUCCUGGGGGAGGGUCCAGGCUGUCCCACAGGUCUUGUCCGAAGGCUUUUUCAGGGAAAAACACUUUUUCUAGUCCAGUAACCCCCCAGGGGCCUCUUCAGCUGCUGACAAUCCUAUUUAGCAUAUGCAAAUCUUUUCAUGUGGUGAGCUGUCACCCUGAGAGUGACAGCGUGGGCGGGUGGGCGGAGCCUGAGCAGGCAGGAGCCGGGCUGCCCCCUUCCAGCUCUCCAGCGAGGCCGCCCACCUCCGCGGGGCAUCCAACCUCACAGGCCACCGCUCGGCCGCCCAGGAAGCCGGACACGGGCUGCUCCCAACCUACCUCUCCGAGCUGUCAGAGGGCUGGGCGUUCUGAGCUCAUGGCAGUGCCGGUGGCGUUGCCAGGGAGUCAAGUAUUACAAUUCUCCUUGUCACCCCAGCCCCACUCCACUCCACUCCAGUGAUUUCCCUCCUGCCCCAUUCCCUCUGAGUCCAGCGCGGGACCAGGUUUGAACUGUCCCAGCGACACUCCUCCAAGUGGAAAUCUUAUUUUUGUAGAUCUCUGUGCUUUGCUCUCAGCCUUGGAGAGGAAUGCCCCCCCCCCGCCCCCCUGCACUCGCCUCCCUGCACGGGCGGGAAUGCGGCUGGGGAGGCGCCGGCUGGCAGCCCA